GUCACGACCAUCUAUACUGACUUGCAAACGUUGCAUCUCUCCGCUACUUCGUCUGCAUUGUGUAGUCCUUGCGGACAGACCACUUGACUGCGAUGACCACGGGGAGGUCCUCCAUGUUGAACUGGGACGUCCUCGAUAUCGUUCUGUCAUUCGCAAACCCAUAUGAGGCCCUCCAAUUCUCCAUGACCUGUCGCGACGGCCACAAUCUAGCGAUACCCCGUUUCUUAGAAGAAAUCGAAUUCCCGCUUCCCUGGCUACGUUUACCGGGCGCAAAACGCUCGUCAUUGGCUUAUCCUGAGCUCUUCGAGGGCUUCCGCGCUUACAUGCUCGACUCACCGUAUGCGUCCGAUCGCCUCCGAAAGCUCAAGGCUCUUACCCUCGGGGAUGAUGCUUUUUGCGUUGAACGGGGCAAACGAGGCUCAGCCACCGAACCGCCAACGUACACCCUCACUCUUGCAGCACCGCUCGCGGAUGUCAUCCGGGGUGCAGUGGAACUACGCAAAAUCUCCAUUCAUUACGCAGAAGAGAUCUUUGACGACGUGCCGCAGCUCAUAGAUGCCAUAGCAAGCCUCCCGCGUCUCCAGGAGGUCCGUUUCUGGGACGCCGAUGUGUUGACACUCGGUCUUCUGUCCAGGAUGCAGAGUCGCCCCAGGAAAGCGGAACUCCGCGUCGUCGAAUAUAACGAUCGAGAGACGGAUGAGAGGUGGUGGGGCGAUCAUGCCUUCGGGGAUGACCGCUUUCUAAGCAACUUCACUGAAUCCCUGGAGGUUCUGAGUCUCCAUGGAGGCUUGAACAUCAUACAGGAGCUCGAACCACCAAUGGUUUGGCGUGCUGUUCGUGAACUCAAACUCGCUGAGGCUGAAGAGUAUUACGAUCAAUGGGAUCGGCAGGAGCGGGAGCCGUACCAGUGGUUUCAGGUUGCUGGGCGCGAAGAGCAGUCGGAGGUGGAUGUGGAGACUCUGUCGGACGAGGAAGGAGGUCGCGUCCAGUCUGGACUCUUCAGCAUGGCCUGA